AUGCUCAUUUCCACUCGCCUGAGAACUGAACCUGGGUCCUCCAGUUAUGAGUUGAGAGGUUCUCGUCUACCGUCACCGCGGCCCAGCCUGCGCCAGAGCCGCAAGCGGGCGCUCUCCUCCUCCCCUUAUAGUGAUUCUUUUGACAUCAACUCCAUGAUUCGCUUCAGUCCCAACUCUCUGGUUUCCAUCAUGAAUGGUUCCAGGUCGUCCUCCGCCAGCGGCUCCUACGGACACCUCUCCGCAGGGGCCAUCUCGCCGGCACUGGGGAUGCACCCUGGGGUAGGGGCGGCCACACACCUGCAGCAGCUUCAGGCACACCUGAUGCGGGGGGCGUCGCUCCCCGGCUCCCCCUUCCUGGCCCCCAGCCCACUCCUCCAGCACACCCCGCCCACCAUCGCCACCCACCAGUCCAUCUUCAGUCUCACUGCCCAGCCCACCCUCACUACAGCACCACCGCCCAAAGCAGAGGCGGAGAAGAAGGCGUCUCCCACGAUCUCCAGCACCAUGGAGGAGGACAAAGUGGCCUCCAAGGUGAAGAAGGAGGCGUCCAGUACGACCUCCGGUGGAGCCUGUGGUGUGGUGAGUGCCUCCUCAGCCAGGGACGAGGACGGACUCAAGGAAGAGCCUCCGGACUUCAUCGAGACUCACUGCCACUGGAGGGAGUGUAACAAGGACUUUAAUACUCAGGAUGACCUUGUCAAGCAUCUGAACAACGACCACAUCCACGCCAACAAGAAGUCGUUCGUGUGUCGUUGGAAGGACUGCUCGCGUGAGGAGAAGCCCUUCAAGGCUCAGUAUAUGUUGGUCGUGCACAUGAGACGACACACGGGGGAGAAGCCACACAAGUGCACGUUCGAGGGUUGCUACAAGGCUUACUCCCGCCUGGAGAACCUCAAGACCCACCUGCGGUCUCACACAGGGGAGAAGCCGUACAUGUGUGAGUUCCCUGGGUGCACCAAGGCCUUCUCCAACGCCUCUGAUAGAGCCAAGCACCAGAACCGCACGCACUCCAACGAGAAACCAUACGUGUGCAAGGCGCCAGGGUGCACCAAGAGGUACACGGACCCAUCGUCGCUGAGGAAGCAUGUAAAGACGGUGCACGGGGCCGACUUCUAUGCCUCCAAGAAACACAAAGGCAACGACCACCCCACCACCAACACUGGUGCAGGAGCAGGAGGCAAGGACGGUGGGGCGGCGCACCCUGAAGGCUCUCCACACUCUGACGGAGGCAAGGGAGGUUCACUCUCUAGCCCCUCAGUCAAGUCUGAAGAGGCAACAUCUCCAGGGCAGGAACACAGUCCCAACAUGGAUACAGUAGUGAGUGGAGCAACACCCAUGGAUCAGAGUCGCCUCCUGGAUGGUCCAAUCAGUGACAAUAACAUUACCACCACAGGAGGCUAUGAAAAUGUCCUCGAGCGUGAGGAAGUUUGGGACGCUGUCGAGGAUGACUUGGAUGCGAGUGUUGAUUUACCAGUGGGGAUUGCAGCUCUCAAUGGUUUGGAAGGUUCUAUAAGUGGUCAUAUCAAUCUACAGGAACGAAACUUGAGAAACAGAUUGAAAAACCGACUACAAGCGAAAGGCUUAGCGAACAUUUUGCCUAACAUCCCAGUUGGAGCGCGGCGUAGUACAAGCAGUGGUGUUGGGGAAUUGUCACAACGAAUUACUGAGCUCAAGAUGAACGGUGGCAUGACAACCCCUCAGCAAGCUCGCAAGAAUCUCCUUGAUCUCCACUUCCGCCCAGGACAGACUAUGUUGCAGAACAACAGACGUGACUCCAACUCCACAGUUAGCACCUACUAUGGCAGCAUGCGAAGUGAUUCUUCAUUGCAUCCAAACAGUCGAAGAUCCAGCGAAGUUUCUCAAGUUUCUGCCGCAUCCAUGAGCCGACAGAACAUGGUAUCGUCGCCUUAUGACCCAAUUUCCUUAGGGUCAUCGCGCCGCUCCUCAGAAAACUCUAACUUUAACAUGGCAGGUAUUGCACAGUCUAUGAGCUCUCACUUGGCCAAGUUACAGAGGCGAGCGAUUGGCAACGGGGAACUCUACAACACUUCCAACCUUGUUGUUCAGACACGAAAUUCCCCGAGUCAGGACAACCCCAGGGAGGGCUGGGCCAACACCAACCAAAAUGGGGGCCCUGAGUGAUCGAUGGCAGGCAACAACUUUGGUGCCAUGGGUCCCCUAGGCCCUGUAGAUCCACAGAGUCGGUGUGAGGGACCCAGAAGAGCGUCAGACCCAGUGCGGCCACUGGAUCGAGGUAUGGGCAUGGGUGAAGAUGGAAGUCGGAGACUCCAUAGACAUCAUAGUUACAACACUUUUAACCCUCGUACACCCCUGCCGCCCAUCACCCCGCGCCACCCUAACCAUGGGCUCCAACUCGACCAAGUGGCUGAAGAUGAGCCCAUUGAGAACAAGCUGGUGUUGCCAGAUGAUAUGGUGAACUACCUCAACCUGAAGGGCAAUGGUGAUAACCUAAAGUCCGAUUCCAAAGAAACCCGUAGACAAGGAGGAACUCCCAAUCACAUGCUCAAUCAACAAAUGCCAUCCCCUGCAUAUAGUGGGCAGCCCAUUCCGAGUCCAGCAUAUUCCAAUCAACCGUUGAUCAGUCCAGCAUACUCCAGUCAGCCAAUGCAGUCUCCUGCCAGCAACUACCAGUACCCCCAAGCCUCGCCAGGAUACUCUGUUCCUUCUCCUGCACAUCCCCAUGGAUACAAUGGUGGGCCUAUGCAGUCCCCAGCACCACAGCAGUUCAAUGCUUCAAUGACUCCUAACCCAGCAGGUCCAGCACAAGCGUUUAAUCAGAUGUCGCAGACUUACCAACAGCAGCAGCAGCCUAUGCCUCAGAAUUAUUCAAUGCAGCAACAUCAGCAGGGACAGCAAUAUUCACAACAGCAGUACCAACAAGGGCAGCAGAUGAUGGGGCAACAUAUGUAUGGAAACAUGAUGCAGCAGCAAGGAAGAUAUGGAGGCAUGGGAAACCCUCAGGGAGGUGCAGGUUAUGGCAUGGGGCAGGGAAGCUAUGGUCCUGUACAUGCAUGUGGUCAUUUGGCUCCACCAAACCUUCCCACACCAGCCUACCAAGCACCCUGCACAGGCUGCCAGAGUCGAGGAGGCAGUGCCAUGGCUGGUGACAUGAGUGCAUACCAGGGACAAGGGUCCAUUUCCAACUGGCAAGGCUCACAGAUGAACAUGAACCAGUAUCAAGGCCAAUAUGGCCCUCAGCAGCAGCAGCAACAAAUGAAUAUGAUGCCUGCUCAGGGACCUAUGGGAUACAUGGGCAUGAGUGGUCAGUAUCAGAAUUCUAUGAUGCCCACAGGAGGUAUAAUGCCCCUUGCAUACCCAGGAUCGAUGGGAGGUGAUGUUCAGUGCAGAGAUGUUAGUCAAAGCUCACAAACUAAAGGUGUCAAAUCCAAAACGGGUGGCAAAAACAAUAACGGAAAUGCAGCUUCUGCUACAUGUGGCACUUCUAAUAGUACUGUAGAUGCAGGGGUGGGUACCAGGCAGCAAACUCCAGCUACAGUAGCCACAGCAGUCAGUGAUGUGACUGUACCUAUACCUGGCACUCCUGUAGACUCCAAGCCCUCAGACAGUAAAACAGUUGACUCAAAGUGUGUGGACAGUAAGGCCAACAGCAAAACCUUCAUGAAGCCUGAUACAUAUCAACGAACAUUGGAGUAUGUUCAACAGUGCCAGAGCUGGAGUUCAACUGUUGUUAAGGAGGAGGUGAGCAGUACUACUGACCAGAAGCCAAAGCUUAAUCCCAAUGGUACAGUGGCAGGAUAUGCAGAACCCAGUUCACAGAGCACUGUCCUUCCACAGUCUGCACAGCAGCCAGCAAUGCAAGGGACAUCAAGAUUUGCAACACCUCUCCCUGUUGCUCUUGCCGAGACAUCCAAUAUGGUGAUUAAUGACAUGACUUCAUCCCUUACAUCACUGCAGGAAGAGAACAAGUACCUUCAGUUAAUCCAAUGACAGCUCCUUAAUGAGUAAUCAUACUCCAGCACCUCGAUUAGUAUAGUUACCUGUAUGUGUGAGCAGUCUGCCCCAACUUCAGGUAACAGUGGUAGUUUAUCUCAGUGACUGGCAACGUACAAAGUGACACUAAAUUAUCAACUUACCAGGUGACUGUCGCCUGCUGGCUGCCAUAUCAGGUUAAUGAAGACUUGUAUACCCCUUCACUGUGUCACAGCAGGUGAUACCUGCAAUGCAAAGAAUCCAUGCCUCUUACAAAGAGACGCUUAUGGGGUAGGGUGUUUCAGCUGUGUGUGGAAAGUGAUACCAUGCCACAGCAGUGCGCACCUCAGAUCUCCGGUCUUGUCAUAUUAGCAUGACUAUCGACCUUGGAUGUUUUGUCGAUACUGAUGACUGUGAUGAAUUGUAAUGUAAAUAUUGACUCCUCACAUUAAUAUAUUUGUACAGGUGUUGUGUACUAAGGUGGUUUUAUAAUGUGUCAACUCCCAGUGGUUCUGCCUCAGAGGACAAAUAUCUCAUAAUGUAAACAAUAAUUCAAAUGUCUCCAGAAGCCUGUAACAGGCCAGAGUGGCACUCUUUAGAGCACAUGUGGAGCGAGCCAAGUACAACAAUAACCACAUAAUAAAGGCUAUGAGAAAUCCACAGCUACAUCAUUACUCAGAGAACAAGCUGUAGUUGCAAGUGUACUGUGUAAUUAUCCAAGACAUAGUGUAACAAAGUGGCCUCAAAGCAGAAUUUACCUUUGACUGUGAAAGUUGCAUUCUCUGUGAUCAAAAAGACAGUGAACAGUGUGAUUAAGAUAGUGAUAUUAACGUGCAGAGAACAGGAAAGACACGUGUUGCAGAAUACGACAAACGUCUGUAAGACAAGCAAUGUUGUGAUCCCCAUACCUCAGUGUGUCUGUCUACCCAAAGGGACAAUCAGGUUUCAAAAACCAGACCUCAGUCUAGACAGUCUCCGACGGCAAUAGUGCCAAGUGCCAUUAGCAAGCCAACACAGUGCCAAACACAAGUGAAACCCGUCCUGUAAGGUGCCAUAACUUAGUGGUCAUAACCAGGGCCUCUUUUAUUGUAACCAUGUAUAAUAAUGUGCAUAGUGACUAAUUAAGUUUUAUAAUGAUGUCAUCACGUCUUUCCAAUGACUGUACUUACAAUAAUUUUUUACAUAAUGCAUAACUUCUUUGAAAUAAAGACGUUUUUCAA